CAGAGAGUAUGCAAAAGAAAAUGGACAUUGGAGAUGUUUUUCGAUUUUCAAUUUAUGUGUGUUUGGUGGGCUUUAUCGCAGCAAAAUGUGAUCCUGAAACGUGUGGCUUGAUGAGUUUGAGUUAUCCGUUUUGGGUUCAUAAUUCUGACUGUGGGUACCCUGGUUUUCAGAUCAAAUGCAAGAAGGAGAAAUCUACUGGGAUUCUCGCUCCAUUUCUUCCUGUCUUACUAGAUACCAAUAAUAAUGGUUUAGAGAGUACUGAUUACAAGAUUAUGGAGAUCAAUUACACCGGUUACCUCAUAAUAAAUUCUUCAUCUCUCAAAGCCUGGUCAUGUGAGGAAAAGGAAAGUAGUGUAAGAACAUUACAGCUACCUCCAAAGGGGCCGUUCACUAUUUCUAUGUUGAAUAGAUUAGUGGUUAUUGGCUGCCAUACAUUCGGUGCUUACACAUAUGAUACAUGGGGCGACGUGACAUGUGUAUCGGUAUGUGUAUCUCAGAGCGAUCCGCCCUACUGCCGCUACGGCGGCUGCUGCGAAGUUAACAUUCCAGAUAAUUGGAAGUGGUUAAAUUUCACGGGUGGAGGCGUGUUUGGUUUGCGCAAUCAUUCUACCAACGCUUUUGAUAGAAAGUGUGGUUUCUCCACUGUAUUGGAGCCCUCCACCUUCACCCAAGUCGACAAUGAAACAAACUUGUUUUGGGGAGAAGGCUUCAAGGCUUCUUACGGUCUCCGCCUUAACUGGGGUAUCGGCCUUCAGAAUUGCUCAAUGGCUAAAUCAACUGCCGAUUGUUCUUGCUCCUCCAACGCAGAAUGCAUGAAAUCUCCUUCAUGGAUGGGUCACGUAUGCAAGUGUCUACCUGGAUAUGAAGGAAAUGGCUACUCUAAUGGCACAGGCUGCACAGACGUGGACGAGUGCAUUAGUCUCAAAUUGAAUGAGUGCGUCGAACCGUUGAAAGGAGGAAUAUGCCAUAAUUUGGCAGGCGCUUACAAUUGUUCAUGUGCCAAGGGUUAUAUUGGAGAUGGAUAUCAGAACGGUACACGCUGUGCCUCCACAAACUCAAAUUAUAACUCCAUCAUCCCAGCAAUUAUAGGCUCUGUUUCUUCAUUUGCUGGAGUCUCUUUGGGAGCUUGUGGAUUAUUUUGGUGCCUCAGGAGGCGUCGUUUGCGACAGAAGUUAAUGGCAGAAUUGCAUGAAGAGAUCGUUUCCCAGGGAGGAAAAUGCUUGGAAAUAUUUUCCGAAAAAGAGCUGAAGAGAGCUUCCGAGUCUUAUUCAAAUAAAUUGGGAGAAGGCAGCUUCGGAACGGUUUACAAAGGAAAACUUCGUGACGGCAGGCAAGUGGCGAUUAAGAAGCCUGUAUUGGCUGCCGAGGUGUUGUUCAACGAAGUUAUAAUUCUCUCUCUUAUGAGUCACAGGAAUAUAGUGAAAUUGCUUGGUUGCUGCAUGGAAUCAAAAAAUCAACUUCUGUCGCUUGUAUACGAAUUUGUGUCGAAUGGGACACUCGAGGAACAUAUACAGUCUCCAGAAAGUCGCUCGUGGCAAAGACGGCUGCAAAUCGCCAUCGAAUCUGCAGAGGCUGUAGAAUACAUGCAUCAUUAUGCCCCUCAGCCAAUUUUCCAUCGUGACAUAAAAUCCUCUAACAUUCUCCUAGACGAUAAUUUCACUCCAAAAGUGGCAGACUUUGGUAUUUCUCGUUUGCUACCUCUCAAUAAGGCGUACCUCACUUCUGAUUACCUCUCUGGCAGUCUCGGAUAUCUGGAUCCCCAAUUCAAGGCAACCCACCGGUUUACAAACAAAAGCGAUGUUUAUAGCUUUGGUGUAGUUUUGGUGCAGCUUCUCACUGGUGAACCUGCGGUGAAGUUUCGAGAUAACACAACACAUUAUUUAUCCAGCUAUUUCCUAUCUGCAUAUAAUGAAAAUCGUUUGAAUGAGAUCCUAGAUCCCAAAGUAGAAUUGAGUGACAGAACUGUAGAGCAGAUGAAUAAAAUGGCAGAAUUAGCAAAAGAUUGCUUGCAAAUGGAAGGAACUGCAAGGCCAUCGAUGAGAGAGGUAGUGGAGGAGCUUGGCUGGAUAAGAGAUGGGAUAAGACAACCAGGGAUAUAUAGGGGUGAGACUUUUGUUGAGAACGGGGGCGUUUCAAGGCAGACAACAAUCAAUCAUUACGAUGGGCAUACCUCAGCUGAGAAUUCUUGCCUAGAUUUUCACACUUGUCCAUCUCCUACUCCGAUGACUACAUCAGAGGACCCUUCCACAGCGUUGAUUCAGAUGUCAAAUAUGCAUGGAAGAUCAUCAUGCCAAAACAAGUAGUAUGUUAUAAACAUUCAUCAUAUAUUCACAUUUAUAUAAUCGUGAUAUGUGAGGAGGACUACACAAUGAAAUAGGAAUGUUCGAUCUAUUUCAUAGCUUUAUGCUCAUGGACUACAUUCAUUUCAGCACAGCUACUCCCACUAGAAUAACACAUGGAUUGGAAUAGUUUAUCAGAGUUUUAAUGUUGGUAACUAAUUUCAAGUUGUCAAUUAGAUGAUCUAUUAGUAAAUUAUUGUAUGAGGUUUUAUACCACUAGUUAUUGGUGUUAAUAUCAUUGUACUACACUAGUAUUGAUUAUUU